GUUUUAUUUUAUUAGACGUACAAUAGUAAUUUAUGUUUUCAAAGUUAACAAAAUCAACAAAUAUAAAACCAUGAAAUAUAUUUUUAUUAUAUUCAUUUCAACUCUAUUUAUAACAAUAUGUAAUGGAACAUUGUUUGAGAGCGAUUCGUGUUACUCGUUCGGAAGCGGCAAUGUUUUCCCUGGUGGUGCUAGGAGAAUUGAUCACAACUUACAAUUUACUAAAGCUAUGAUAUCAAAACCGGCUCCAGAGUGGGAGGCAACUGCUGUUGUUAAUGGAGAAAUCACUCAGUUAUCACUAUCUAGUUUCAGAGGCAAAUACUUAGUUUUCUUCUUCUAUCCGCUGGACUUCACAUUUGUGUGUCCGACUGAAAUUUUGGCAUUUUCUGAGAGAAUUGAGGAAUUUAAAAAAAUAAAUACUGAAGUGGUAGCAUGUUCAGUUGACUCGCACUUUACUCACCUUGCAUGGAUAAAUACUCCCCGAAAAGAAGGUGGCCUUGGAAAAAUAAAUAUACCACUUCUUAGUGAUUUAACACAUUCCAUUGCUAAAGACUAUGGUGUUUAUUUAGAAGAUGUGGGACACACAUUAAGAGGAUUAUUUAUUAUUGAUUACAAGGGUAUCUUAAGACAAAUCACUAUGAAUGAUUUACCCGUUGGUCGCUCUGUAGAUGAGACAUUGAGAUUAGUUCAAGCAUUUCAGUAUACUGAUAAUCACGGUGAAGUUUGCCCUGCUGGAUGGAAACCAGGCCAAGAUACAAUAAUUCCAAACCCAGAUGAAAAGAAAAAAUAUUUUGAAAAAAUGUCAAAGUAAUGAACAGACGCUCCGACAUACUAUAAGGCGACACUACACGACACGACACUGCGCGAUACUUCACGUAGUACGGUCUUACCUUUAGUUGUUACAUGUCAUGCAUUUAUAAUAAUAAUUAUUAAUAUAAUGAUACAUCAUCAUCACAAAAGAAGUAAAAUAGAGUAAACUGUACAACAAAAUUAUUAUUUUUUUAAAUAUC